AUGAGCUGCUCCCAUUGGGCACUCAAUUCGGACCUCUAUUGUCAACAACUGACCAGAUUGAAGCAGGCGAUCGACCAGAAGCGGCCAGAAUUGGCCAAUAGGAAGAGUGUUGUGUUCCAUCAACACAACGCUAGGCCACACACAUCAUUAACGACGCGCCAGAAGCUCCGAGAGCUUGGAUGGGAGGUUUUAUUGCACCCGCCGUAUAGUCCAGACUUGGCACCAAGCGAUUAUCACCUUUUCAAGCAUUUGCAAAAUUUUCUUGAUGGUACAAAACUGGCCUCAAGAGAGACUUGUGAAAAUGAGCUGACCAAGUUUUUUACCAAUAGGGACGAGGACUUCUUCAAUCGCGGAAUUAUGAAAUUGCCUUCAAAAUGGACAAAAGGUAUCGAACAAAACGGCGCAUAUUUGAUCUGA